AUGAGGUUUGACCAUGAAAAGAUUCUGCUUGCUUUCUUCAAUAAGAAAGGCGACUCAAGGGAACAACGUGAUUCAGAACUAUCUGACUCUGAUAGUCUCAAAGGGGAUGAUUUUGAUAAAUUAGUUCGUUGUGAGGCAAUUCACUUAGUCGAUAGUGUGUUAGAGCAAAGCUUGUCCAUAGUCCAUUCGCAACAGCAGCCACAGUGUCUAACUGAUGGUGGGCAGUCGGAGAGUGAGCAUUUUGCCAUCACCAGUGACAUAUCCAAUGGGGUUGAUUUCGUUAAAUCGCCCACCAUUGAGUCAAUAUCUGGUAAAUCGUUCGAUGAUGAUAACCAGUAUGAGGGUAUUGAUCAGGCGGUUGUGGAUGCCAAAGCGACGCGCAUUGAACGUCGCUUCGAGAGACUCUCAUCGCAGCUCGAUGAGCAGGAAAUGAAUGAUGAUGCGUGCCAGAGGAACUUUGAUCAGGCAAUGUUGGCAAUUGAUCGGGAUGAGGUGUCCCAGUUGCAGAGUGACUUCUCCAAAUUAAGUUGGGAUGAGAGUGUCUCCGCCACGACCGCUGAACAUGCCCUCAGUACACCAGACACUGAUUUGCAAGAUCUCAAUCAAGGUGAUGUUGAGCCAAGAAGAGACCCUGACACACUUCCAAAACCAACGCCUAGAUUAAGUAAAUCAAUAAUAGGUGAAGAUUCCGUUGAGGUGAGUUCUUCUGUAACAACGGAUGAUGUUGCUGAAAAGACAUUCAGCGAGAAAAAGAUUUUCUGGGAAUCACUGGAGAGUCCCAAGGAUGGUGAAAAGUUGCUCGAAGAAGUGGCAAAAGGGGCCCGAGCUGCUCCAAUUCCAAAACCACGCGUCCAGCUGAGUACGUCCCUGUCAAAAGGAGAAGAAUCCUCCGAAGCACCAAGUUUAAAGGAAGACACCAAAUCGGAGAGAUCAGAAAUCUCAUCGGAACGACAUGUUGAGUAUGGGGAGUCUGAUAGUGCAAGAUCCAUCACCGAGUCAAAGAGUGCAGGAAAAGAAGAGGAUUCCUUAACAACAGAGGAACGUCUCGAUGAUGAAAGUUUCCCAAUAAGUGAACGUAUGGAUUUUUCAGACAAAAAGGAAGAAGCUGAAGAUAAAACUGAAUGUGUAGAUGAUCAGAAUAUCAUCAAAAGCGACGAUGACUCUGAAGCUGAGUCGAGACAAGCAAAAUUCUACAUCGGAGAAUCCAGCACCAACAUCAUUACAAAAAGCCAAACUGAGCGUCGAAGUGAUUUCGCCUAUGACAAUGAUGGCUACCGCACUACUCAGGAUAGUGCUACAGUGGACAGUGAAAUGUCCCUUCCAACAGUUUCGUCAGAGCUGGAAAGAGAACCCCGUACAACCGUUGAGAAAAGUGAAACUGAGAUAUCUGAGAAAAUUUGCUAUGCUUCUGUGAAGGUUGAUAAAAUGGAUCAAGGCGUUGAAGCAGCCCAGAUUCAGAAGAGUCCAGAAGUCGUUGAAAAGGUCUCAGUAGUUCACUCACCGAUUAAACCAUAUCAAAGUAUUAUUGAUUUUGAAACUCCAGCCCCUGUUCAGGAGGAUGUUGUUACCACAGCAAAAGCUACAGCUGUUAAUGUUGUUGCUGGCGAGGAAGCAAAGAAGCAGGCCAGCAUUGAGAGUGUAACUGAUUCACAGUCACUGAAAGAAGCUUCGAAAAUCGUUGAAACUUCAACUCAUUCAAUUACAACAAUUUCAUCUCUAUCAGCAUCAGGACUUCAGGCAAAAUCAACAGAUGAGCUUGUUAUGGAGCAAACAUUGGCUGAAGUAAGAGAAUCCCUGGAUGCUGUGCAGGAAGAAUUAAUUGAAACAGUAAAGGAUGGAAAACUUAUAAAGCAAAGCCCAUCGGAAUUUGAAUUUAAAGUAUUGCCUCACAUUAAGUACACAGAAGAGACAAUACAUGAGUCAUAUCAGGAAGAUUCUUCUCAUGGAGAUAUUUCAUUGGGUGAGAAGAUUGUGGAGAAAGCUUCUACUUCAACGCAGAAACGCGAUGAAUCCAGUAGCGGAAAAGCCGAAGAAGCAUCUUCAUCUCAGCUAUCAUCUGCCGAAGAUUCAUCACAUAAACUUGAUGUGGUUCAGAGGAAGCAGAAAGAACGCAGAGGUCCCAGCUCAAAUAGGUGGUCUGUAACUGACCCAGAUAACUACUCCAGUUCUGAUAGUCAUUACCAGAGCUUCGAGAAGUCAGAGAGUCGACCAGCAUCGUCUGAUGUGGAGAACCUUCUCACAUCUGAGUAUCAGACUGCCCAAGAUUCCUUAAGACUUGGUUCAUCAGAAUACCACAGUGCAGUCAGUACUCUUGAAUACAGUGCUGGUACAACAAUCAGUUCCCGUGAGAGUAUGAAGAGUUUCGAUUCGGAAAGCUCUGGGCAUAUGGCAAGUGUUGAAGUAUCUGAAGCAUCUGAGACUCUUAUUCCAUCUACAAUGGAUCUAGAAAUGGAAACUUCGGAAGCUGAAACUGAGGAGGGUGAAGGAAAAUAUGGGAGUUUAGAUGAGAAAGGUGGGACGAUCUUACUUGAAUUUGAUGAUCGUGACGAUUCAGUUCCAAGUGGGAGUAUGAAGCGAUCCCAUGAGAUGACAUUCCAACCUGAAUUAAAACCAAUGUAUCCUGCAGAAUCACCGGAAGUAGCUGAAAAGGAUGGUUUGAAGACAGCUAUAGUGGAAUCAUCACGACUAGCUACAUCUACAGAAGAGAUAAAAAUAACAGGGAGUGGAAGCUAUGAAGAUACUAGAUUCGCAUCUAGCCUCGAAGAUGGGAGUAUCCUAUCUGUAAGCCUAUCAAGUGCUUCAUGUGUUGAAACGGUAAUGGAAAAUCUCCCAGAAGGUUUUGAUAUCCCAUCACUGAGUGGAUCAAUUACAGGAAGUUACGAACUACAUCACAAAUUAACAGAUGAUAUUAUUGCUACGAGCUUUGAAGAAUCAGAUUUAACAUUCAAACCAGAUGACGUUAUCAUGACGACUUCAACUGUUAUGGAUGAUACGAAGAGUACAACAACUGAUUCCCAUGAAAGCCCAGAUUUUGGCAAGAAGCAAGGAAAGGGUCACAAGAGGAACGACAGCACGAGUUUUGCUUCAUUUAAAGGAUUCGAUUCAGGAAGUAAACAACCGUCUGAUGAACUUGAUGAUCUCGAUGAAGAGAUGAUAAUUCACGAGGAAGAACCACAAGUAAAAAUUCUCAAGGAUACUUUUAUUACUGAAGAUCAAAGAGGAAGUGGAUCUGAUUCUGAUUAUGAUCGGUAUGAAACUGAAUAUUCAAGAGCUUACAAAACACCCACGGAUUUGUCAUCGAAAAAAGGAAAACGAGCAGCUGAAAUGAAGACGGAAACAUUUGAAAAGGAUAUGGAUAUUAAACGAUCACGAUCACCAUCGCAAUCAAUUAUUGAGACAAUUGAGGAGGAUGUUAACGCAGAAGCGGAAUUUGGGCAGAUGGAAACACAACAAACACUAAAACAGGUAUCACAGAAUCUUCAAGAUUACUCUAAUGUUCCCGAUAUCACCAUAACAGAUGAUCCCAAUAAGUACGUGAGCGAUGAUGAGGAUGAAAUGGUUAUGCCGUAUGCUCCACCGUCAUCAGUUAAGGAGACACAACCAGAAAUACCCAAAAGUAUUGCAAAGUCUCCAACAGAAGAGCAGAAGAUUCAAUAUGCUCAACAGCAGGAGUACAAAAUGACCGAAGAACAGUAUGAAGAAUUACUGGAAAGGCAGUCAAAAUCAAAGAUUACAGAUCCCAUUCCUACUUACAGCUUUGAAGAAUUAGAAAAGGAGGCUGCUCGUGGAGAUUCCCCUGGAAGUGAUUCAUUUGAAAUGCUUGAACAACCUGAUAUAUCUGAUGAAUUUGUAAUUAUUGAAGAAGUAGCCAAGGAGGCCAAUGAAAUGGACAUUGAAGGGAAGAGUGUAUCAAUCAAAUCUACAAAGUACGUUAAGAAGCACGAUGAAGAUGUUGAGAAGUACAUUGUUCACUCUGCACCAGCUGAUCCAAAUGCUGGAUCAAUAAUCUAUAGUGGAGUUCACAGUCGUGAUCAGAUUGGUUUUGAUUUUGAAGAAAGUCCACCACAGGAUCAGGAUAAGGCGGAUGACAAGGACAGUGAUGCUAGCAAACGUUGGGUUGAAAUGCAACUGGCUGAUAAUGCUCAAAAUCUGAGGUACCCGUAUGAGAUGGAACGAGGUGUACUUGAAGAUAUUAAGGAAGAGGAUACAGAAUUGGAGGUGGGAAGUAGCAGGAUUAGUAGUUUUAAGGAUUCAUUCUCCAGUACACCGGAGUACGAUGUUCUAGCUGGAAGGAAGUGCUUCAAUAAGGAACACGAUGAAAUGUCUAUGAGCAGUUUGCAGGAAUUUGAAAGCCUAGAACAGGCUAUCUCUCUUGAGAACCGACGAGCACAUCAAGGUUCGCAGGAUUCUCUGUCUAAUGGAAGUUUCCCGAAAAGAUUCCUAGCUCGAAGUGCUGAAGGUGAUGGAAUUUCAUUGUCAAGCUUGAAGGAGUUUGAAGGCUUGGAAAAUGCCUGCUUAGAAGCUCAUUUGUUGGAGAUUAAGGCUAAAGAAGAAGCAGCUCUUUUGCUAUCUAGAUCAGAUGAAUCUAACAAAUCAGAUAGCUCGGGAAAAUCGGGAAAAGGAUCCAAUAACGGAAAAACCACGGAAAGCUCAAGUAAAAUAACAACAGUCACAACUGUAACUACGGUAACUAAAACAACCAAUGAAGGUGCAAAAGUUGUAACUACCUCAGGUUUCCAAGUUCAUCAGAUGAGUGGGGGAAUUGAUGAGAUUUUGAAGCACAAACUUGAGGAGAUUGACGAUGAGAGUCUACCGUCAAAUAUCAUGGAAACAUCUACGGAUAGUUUGGAGGCGGUUAAACCAAAAGCAGGUACAAGUGGAUCACGUAGAGAGAGUUUGGAUAGUUUGGAAAUUAACAAGAGUGGAGUUGAUCUCAUGACAAGUAGUUUGGAUUCCAUUGAACUAAUGAGGGAGGGUGUUACAGCAAAAUCAUCCCGAUCUGAUGCAGACUCAAUUGAACAGCAGGUUGUUCCAACUGCAGUGAAGAGUGAUAGUGCAGAUUCAAUUGAGCAGCAAGCAGGAUCAAAUAGAUUUUCUCAGCAGUAUGAAGAAGAUUCCAUAGAGGAGGAGACUCAUGUUACACAGACAACAGUAAUGAGUUCUUCUGGGCAACAUCAGACAACAACAACAUCAGUUACAAGGACAGGAGGCCCCCAGAGUUUUGGCGCAAUUCCAAAAGAUAUCUCAAAUGAUUCUCUAAAUCCUCUCGAAGGAGACUUAUUGCUAACGAGCAGUGAAAGUCUCGAUCAGUACACAAGCUCAACAGCAACCAAUGCCACCUAUCAAACAGAUCGUGAUUCCCAAAUGUCAGGAAGUAUGACGAGUUGUGACUCCAACACCAUGAUCGAUACAUUGGAUUCUAAUGUGGCGGAAUACUACAGCAGUCAGGGCCCCUCGCCAAUGUUCUUCGAGGAUCGCACCAUCUUAAGUGGUGUCCCAAAGCGCGAUGCCGCACAAAAGGGUGACCACUUAGUCUUCGAUCCAUUUGAUCCAUUUGAGAGUGAAUCCUCUGGACCUGAAUUGCGAGAACUGGACAAGGACAAAGAAAGGAGAUUCGAGAAGGACUUCUAA